AUGAGUUCUGGAGACUCGACAUUAACACCAAUUCAUCCCGAGGAUACUAAAGUCAUCAAUUCUAUGAAAUCACAAAAAUCACAAAAUACAAUAACACGUCGUGAGAAAAUUGUUGAAUUGAUUGAAAUUGAUGGUAAAAAAGUUAGUAAAACAUCAACAGGUAAAAGGAAAUUUCAUAAUAAAUCAAAAAAUGGCUGUUUAAAUUGUAAACGUCGUCGUGUUAAAUGUGAUGAAGGUAAACCAUUUUGUAAAAAAUGUAAUAAUAUGAAUUUGGAUUGUGUUUAUAAACCUUUAGAAAUUGAUGAAAAUGAUCCAAAUCGUAUUAGUAGACCAGGAUCUGCUAAUUCUUUAAAUGAAACAAUUAUAUCAAAUAAUAGUAAUAAUAAUUCAGAUGUAAAUGGAGUAUCCGAUUCAAUGGCAUCAGCGGCAACUGUCAAUGGUAAUAAUGCAGGAAAUUUAAAAAAGGGAAAGACUACAAUUAUUAAAUAUAUGAGAAGAUUACCAGAUGGUACAUUAGAACCAGAUACUGAAUUAAUGGGGAAUGGUACUAAUAAAAUAGUUAAAGAUACAAAACCAUCAAGAGUUAAAAAAAUUACCAAAAAUAAAACAACGAAUACAAAGACAUCAUCAAUAAAUAAGAAAAAAAAUUUAGACAAAUCAAAUAAUGUUAACGGAAAUAUUCCAAAUACUAAUGGACCGCUGGGCGGUCUAGCAUCAUUAUUAUCAAAAGGUGGAUUGGGUGGUGCAAAUGCAGAACAAUUAAUGGCAGCUGCAGCUACUCAUUUCCCUGGUAUUAUGUCAUCAAUGAUGUCUCCCGGUAAUAAUAAUAGUAAUAAUGCUGGAAUGAUUCCUUCUUUAAUUGCUUCAACUUUAGGUCAAGGUGCUCCAGCAAACUUACAACAAUUAUCUGGUUUAUUAAAUCUUGGUAAUAUGAACGCCAAUAGUAAUAAUAAUAAUACAGCAACUGCAAUGGGUGGUCAUCAUAUACCAAAUGGUAAUACUCAUUAUGAUUUAGAUAAUUCUUUGCCUCUUUCUCCUGGAAUAAAUAUACCUGGUUUGACCUCCUUACGUAAUGAGAGUAACCAACCUGCAACAACACUACCAACACUACCAAAUACUGUGGUAAGUAAUAAUAAUACCAAUAUCAAUAACACUGCUUCUACAGUUACUGCCACAACAGGUGAAGGUGCGUCUGCAUCGGCGACGGGAGCAACAACCACAACUAAUGAAACUGCAGGGCCAGGUGGUAUGGGAUUCUUGGGACAUUCCUCAUUAUCUGCUAUUGCUAAUAAUUUAACCAAUCUAAAUGCAAUGACAUCUCCAAAGAUGUUUGCAGCAGGGCCAUCACAUGCACAACAACAAUUACAAUAUCAGCUUCAUCAACAAUUACAAUUACAACAGCAUCAGCAAUUACAGUUACAACAUGAUCAACAGUUACAAUUACAACAUCAACAAUUACAAUUACAACAAAGACAAUUGUUACAACAAUUAUUACAACAAGAUCAAACUCAAUUACAAGAGAUGCAAGCUCAAGCACAUGCUCAAGAAUUAUCUCAUCCAUUAGGUUCUACAAUAGAUCAAAGUAUAAUACCAUCACAAAUACAACAACAAUUGCAACAAUCAACAGCAUCACUAACUACAAAUCAUUCAGGAAAUGAUAUUCCUUUAUCUUUACAAGAAGAAUCUAUAUCUCAAUUAAGUAAAAUGGGAUUAAAUUUAAAGACAUUAGGUAAUUUGCCAACUGCUGGUAUCGGUGGCAUUGCGUAUGAUUUCCAAGAAUUAUUAGGUUUAAAGUUUAAUAAUGGGAAAGGAAAUGGUGUUCAAACAUCACCUACAACAGCUAAUACCAAUGUUAUCCCUAGUUUGAAUAAUGAUAGUCCUAAUGGAGAUAUGGGUGUAAUGUCACAUAGUUCAAAAGCAAGUACUGCAGAGGCAAUUCUAGCAGAUAUGCAAGAGCAAGAACGAGUCAAGAAAGAAUCUAUUGGUCAAGAUAGUCCUGAAGGUAAAGAGAAAUCAAUCAAUUCUCCAAGCGACUUAGCACAUUUAGUAGGGACACCUAAUGGUAUUCCACAUAAUGUACCUUUACCAAUGAUAUCACAACUAAGUCCCAUAAUAAAGGCAAGUAUAGAAAGUACAUUAACUGGUAAUUCAUCUCCAUCAAGUGUAUUAAUUCCAAGGGAGAUUUCUAAUCAAAAUCAUCAAAAGAAUAAAUCUAUUGAUUCAACAAAUGCAUCUAUGACUAAUAAAUCUGUUAUUGCUGAGAAAAAAUUAGAAGAACCAAUGACAGGUGUUGCAAAAUUAUUACAAUUAUCAACAAAGGCAAAUUUAAAUCUUGUUGAUAUGAAAUUAUUUCAUCAUUAUUGCACAGAAGUUUGUUCUUCGAUUACCACAAUGUCAGUUCCCGAAGUAUGGUCAAAAGAUGUUCCUGAAUUAGCAUUUAAUUAUCCAUUUUUAAUGCAUUCUUUAUUAGCUUUUAGUGCUACGCAUUUAUCAAGAACAGAACCUGGUUUAGAACAAUAUGUUUCAUCACAUAGAUUAGAUGCAUUAAGAUUAUUAAGAGAAGCUGUUCUUGAAAUAUCUGAAGAAAAUACAGAUGCAUUAGUUGCAAGUGCAUUAAUUUUAAUCAUGGAUUCUUUAGCUAAUGCAUCUAGUACACCAGCUGGAUCACAAAAUACAAUGGCAUCAUCAGCAUGGAUUUUUCAUGUUAAAGGUGCAGCAACGAUUUUAACAGCAGUUUGGCCAUUAAGUGAAAAUUCACGUUUUCAUGAUUUGAUUUCUGUUGAUUUAAGUGAUUUAGGUGAUGUAAUUAAUAAAGAAGAUGGUACAAUAUCUGAACUUGUUUGUUUUGAUGAAUCUAUUGCAGAUUUAUAUCCUGUUGAUAUUGAUUCACCAUAUUUAAUUACAUUGGCAUAUCUAGAUAAAUUAAAUCAUGAAAUUGAUGAUUCAGAUUUUAUUUUAAGGAUUUUUUCAUUUCCAGCAUUAUUAGAUAAAACAUUUUUAGCAUUAUUAAUGACUGGUGAUUUAAAUGCAAUGAGAAUAAUGAGAAGUUAUUAUAAAUUAUUAAGAGGCUUUACAACAAAAUUAAAGGAUAAGGUUUGGUUUUUAGAAGGUUUAUCACAAGUAUUACCACAAGAUGUUGAUGAAUAUAGUGGAGGUGGUGGUAUGCAUAUGAUGUUAGAUUUCUUAGGUGGUGGAUUACCAUCUAUGACAACAACAAACUUAUCAGAUUUCAUGUAA